AUUUUACCGAUAGGAAUCUUAGAAAAAUUGUGUUUUCGUAAGCCAAAUUACUUCUAAAAUAAACCAUGGCUUCGAAAGAAAGGAUGAAAAAUUACAAAAACAAAGCUAAAGAUCAGGAAGAACUGAGGAGGAAGCGAGAAGAAGAAGGGAUUCAACUUCGGAAGCAGAAACGAGAUGAACACGUAUUUAAACGAAGGAAUGUGAACAUAGACGACAUGGAAAGUGGGAUGGGGGACCAUCUACAAGUUGGGGUGGUUAAUUCAACAUCAGGAGAUGACAGAAUAACCAUGGAUAUGAUUGAAGCAGUUCGCUCUGGUAGUUUGGAAGAGAAAUUCUUAUACACACAACGGUUCAGAAAACUUUUAUCUAAAGAACCCAACCCUCCUAUUGACGAAGUCAUCCAAACUGGUCUCAUCCCAGAAUUCGUCAAAAUGUUAAGUUGCCACGAGCAACCGACGUUGCAGUUUGAAGCAGCAUGGGCGCUCACUAAUAUAGCAUCAGGCACCAAUAUGCAAACACGUGUAGUUAUUGAUGCGAAUGCUGUUCCCAUAUUUAUUCACCUUCUGCAGUCAAACCAUGAGGAUGUGAGAGAACAGGCAGUAUGGGCACUAGGAAACAUAGCAGGUGACAGUUCACAAUAUAGAGAUUAUGUGAUUGAGUGUGGAAUUGUUGCUCCUUUACUUGUCCUUGCACAAACCAGUAACCGACUAUCCAUGUUGCGUAAUGUAGUUUGGGCAAUUUCAAACGUAUGCCGAGGAAAAAAUCCCCCACCUAACUUUAAAAAGGUCUCCCCGUGUCUACCUGUAUUAGCAAGGUUGUUAUUUAAAGAAGAACCCGAUAUACUUGCUGACGCUUGCUGGGCUCUUUCGUAUCUAUCUGAUGGACCAAAUGAAAAGAUUCAAGAAGUAGUUGAUAGCGGCGUUUGCCGUCGACUAGUGGAGUUACUGAUGCACGAUCACCACUCGGUGGUAUCAAGCGCUCUACGAGCUGUCGGGAAUAUCGUUACUGGCAACGACAUUCAAACGCAGGUAAUCUUAAACUGUGCAGUGUUGCCUGCACUUAAUCAUCUUCUAUCAAUAAACAAGGAUUCGAUAAGAAAAGAAGCGUGUUGGACGAUAUCGAACAUCACUGCUGGUAAUAGACAACAAAUCCAACAAGCAAUAGAUUCAAAUAUUUUCCCAAAGUUGAUCGAAAUAAUGAACACGGCUGAUUAUAAAACACGCAAGGAAGGAGCUUGGGCGAUUACUAACGCUACUUCUGGUGGGAUACCUCAACAAAUAAGAUAUCUUGUAAACAACAAUUGUAUCCCUCCGUUAUGCGACCUUCUUGGAGCACAAGACGCACGGAUUAUACUAGUUGCUCUUAACGGGCUGGACAACAUAUUGAGGCUUGGGAAGCAAGAAGCUCAAGGAUCUGGAGCAAAUGAGUUUGGGAAUAUUGUGGAAGAAUGUGGAGGUUUGGACAAGAUUGAAAGUUUGCAGAGCCACCAGAACCAAGAUGUCUACCAGAAAAGUUUUGACGUGAUUGAGAAUUACUUUGGUUGUGAAGACGAAGAUCUUGGGCUCGCUCCUGCUGUGGACACAGAAUCGAAUCAGUUUUCUUUUAAUAACACAUUAGUGGGACCAGAACGUUAUGAAUUCCAAUGAAAAAAUGAAAUAUUGAAUUCCAGCUAUGGGCAGUGGGGCUAUCUUUCGUUUAAUAGCCCUUAGCUUUCAGGCCAAAGCAGAGAAUUGUUUUUGCGCGAAUCUGGGGACAUAGGCUUCAGGUUUUUGGAUUUAAAAAAAAAAAAAAUUGGGGGACUGCUAAAAUACAGUUAAAUCCAUAGUUUUACAUUUUGGGGUUUUAAUAACACAACAGUAUUGAUAAAAUAUGGUUACAUUCAUUCGGUAAAACAUAGAAAUCUUCAUUGAUUAAAAUGUCAAACAUUGUAUAACUUGACCCCGUUUGUUUGUAAAGACAUUAAGACAAGUGUAAAACUGGGGUAAUAAAAAAUAUAUUUUCAUUCUAAAAAUUAGGGUAACAUGCCGCCCUUGACUUCCCUAACAUGACGCCUAUGUCUGGGCAACUCAUUAAUGUACUUCGUACUGCCAGCCACAGUGGUACUCAUAUAAAAUACAACACAACAAGAUAACUGCUUCAAGGCCACUGUCCUUUCAAAAUUGAAUUUUUAGAGCCUGGCUGGCUCAAUUUUGUUUUAUAACGAGCAAGUGUUUUUUCCUCUUCUAUUACAUUUUGUUCCAAUUUCCAUUUUUGCUUUUUUCGUCCGUGCAAAUUUGAUUUAAAAAUAGCAAAAUGUUUUUGCCAAAAUUACUUUAUAGUGUAAGUAACAAAUAUAAAAAUGAACCGCAAAUUACCAAAAAAGUGCAAAAGAAAAACAUCGUUUUAUAUUUCGUCUCUGUAGCAGUAUGCUUUUUAACCUUUAAUCGCCUUUUUCGAAACUAACUAAACACAAAGUUUAGUGGUGAUAUUUUCACUGCUCGACGCAGCUUAUAAUAAACCAAUUUUCCUUUA